AUGAAUUUAUCGCUGGACCGAAGGGAUGGAUCGCCCAUCUCAGCCCAGCAAGCCCAGAGAAUCUUUCAGGCCCCUGUCGACGACCCUAACAGGCCCUGCACGGCGUGUUGGGUGCUUCGGUUCCUGGACCCCUGCCGGAAAGAGACGCUGGAGUGGACUUUGACCAGGAUGUCCGGCUCCCGCAAUUUCAGCACCUGCAGCAGUGUCCCCAGAAAGGGAAUCUUCAGGCCGACGCCAGGUUUGCUUCGAAGGUUGUCUCUCACCUUUUCAGCAUCAGCAGUUCCUGACCUUGACGCGCAAUCAUCUCUUUAUUUCUACGUCCAUCUCUCACUUUGCUGGUACCUACCAAAGACACAUCUCGGCAAAACAAGCUCAACUCCAAAGACGAGGGCCUUGACGGAUUCCAAAGGCCCAAGCUCCUCGGUUGCUGUUGCCGUUGACCAGGAACGGAUCGAGAGGGGGAACCGCGUGCCGGGGGGAACAACGUCCAAAAAAGUGAUUGCGGGAGAAGACGUGGAUGGAAAGACUGGUGAUAGUCUGAACAUUGAGAAGCAAGGCGAUAGUGACAGUGACACGUCCUGCGUUGUCGUCUCACAGCGAUCUCUUACUCGGAUUCCACCGCUAAGUCACUUUGUCAUCACCACCUUCAGGCGCCAGGUCGUCGGCCUCACCUCUCACAUGGAAGCUCACGCGCAAGCCGCGCACAACGGCCAAUACUAUUCGCAAUCGGCUGGAACCGAACCGCAACAGGUCUACUCCCACCCACACCAACCGCAAUAUCAGCAGCACCAGCACCAGCAACAGAGCCACGCCCCGCAGUCGCAUUUCCAGUCGCAGCCACAGCCUGAUGGUGCCAAUGCGCCGAUUAGACAUCCGUCGUUUAUAGGAUUGCCUCCAAUUUCUCGCACAUCCACCUUUUCAUCUCUACUGGGACCCUUUCAAGUCGAAGGUUCUGCCGGCGACAAUAAUAGCACGUACAGUGACACCGACACUACCCCGCGAAACUUAAUCCACUAUCAACAAGGGCAACAAGGUGGACAACAAACCAUUGUGACGACCCCGCAAACUAUGUCUGAAAGCAGAUCCAUGGCUGCGAACCAGACUGGCGAUGGUGUACCACCGCAUGGCCAGGUUAUGCCCCAAACACCUCCACCAGGGCAGAUCAUCCCAAAUAUGUAUCGCCCAGCUCAAGGUCCGGCACAAGGUCAAAUGCAAAUCCAAGGACAACCAUCGCCCAAUGGUUUUCCAUCACCUCUUGGUGCUGGAUCCGUGCCUGGUCAAUCGCCGGUCCAGGCCCAGUCAGGUGAACCCGGUCCACCAGGCAACGCCCAGGGGCAAUCCGCAUCGGCCCUGGCGGGAGCACCCGGGGCUCCCCUCUCUGUCAUGAACGGUGGAACUCCGCCUGCGGCUCCACAGUUUACGCCAGCCAACGGCCGGCCCGUCAUGAUGCCUCCUCCGCACUUGGCAGGACGGUUUCCGCAAGGAAACUGGAACUUGCAGGAGUCUCAUCUGUCGGAGCCACUACAGCCUACGAAUCGGAACCGUCACUCGUCUAGCAAUGCAUCACAGCAACCCUUCUACGGUUUCGACAAGGAAACGGGCGUUCCGGCAUCGCCACGGAGCCAGAGGGCGCCAGACACAGAGCAGCAACCACAUAUGCAGCCGGUGGAUCAGAACAGCCAAGGCCCGCAACUCAAUGGCCAGGAGAACCCCAGGAAUCCCAUCGAGCAGCGUCCACGCGGAAAUUCAUCACAAACGAACACGGACGUGGAAGACCUACCAGCCCCCCGUCCGAUCCCGGCUGCUGAUGGAAACAAGACAAGGCGAAACUCGGGUAUCUUCUCGAGCCUCCGAAACAGGGUUGGGGCAGGCACUCCGGUCACCAGUGAUGCAGUUUCCGAUGCCAGUGUCAUGACGGACGAAACAGGAGGACAGCAGCAGAGACGCGCUCAAAUGUUCAGUGCGCUAGGUUCCGGAGCCGCGACGGAGGCCCCUCAAAGUAAAGAGAGCAUCAUGGCUCAUGGCAGCACCACGCCCGUGAAUGGCGGAUUACAAUCACCCCUUCCGCAGCACCAGCAACAACAGCCGAAGAAGAGUCGAAUGGGUCUUAAGGCCAUGUUCAGUCGGUCAUCGCAGCAGGAUAGUUCCCGACCGUUCGGAAGCGCGCAACCAGCCAGGCCUACAACGCAGGGUCAAGCUCAAACUCAACAUCAGGUACAGCAUCCCGUUGCUGCGAGUGGCGCCAACCCAAUGUAUCCGCUGCGGCCAAAGACUUCUGGCCAGGUCCUCCCCCAGCAACAUCAAUCUCUUGCCUCGAUUUCCGAAAGCGAAAAGGCUAGGAAACCUUCUGGUGGAAUAUUCGGCAUGUUUAAAAACAAGGACACAAAGCCGGGGUCAGGUACAGGGGCUGGUCAGCCGCUCAUGGACCCCAGGCAGACGCUACAAGGUAUGGGACGAGGACAAAUGGCGAUGCCGUCCCCUGGGCAAGGACAAUUCUCUCAGCAGCAGUAUCGUCAACAGUUCCCAGUUGGCCCAGAUGGGAAGUUGGUAAUUUUCCCUGGUCAGCUUCCUCCUCAGCAUCAGCAGUUCAUGCAACAAGGCCAUCCGGGCAUGUAUCAGCCGCAGAAGAUCCAGAUGCAAUGGCAAAUACCAGAGCAGGACCGACCCCCCGUCAACAUGCAGCAGUCUCGGCCUUCGCUGCAAGGUCAAAAUGGAGGCCCACAGGAUCAGCCCCAACAACAGCAUCAGCAGCAACUCGACGCUCGUCAAGGUCAAAGUAAUGGCCAAAAUGCGGUCUCUGUCGGUCCUGUAAGCCCACCAGUUGCUUCUCCGAUGCCUUCAGACAGUCAAUCCGCGGCACAUCAGUCUCGUCCCCAGCAAAAUACACCUCCCGCCACUAAUGGACAGGCGCCUCCGGCGGCAACGAACGGAGGCCACGCCCGGACAUUCUCUCAAGGUAGUAAUUUACCCAAUAUGUAUACUCUCGGCAUGAACGGUAUUCAGUCAGAUCAGUUACCUGCGCGAAAGCCGGUAGGGUCCAGGGUUGUCUCAGCCCAGAUCCCUUCCAGUCUUCUGCCACCGCAACAACGCCAAAGAGGAGCUUCGGUCUCCUCAACUCAAUCUCCUCAACCCCAGAGUUUACCGAGCACACAACCCCCGUCGAGCUUGGGAACCCAACGCCCUGUGGACUCCCAGCACACAUUGGCAUCCCAGGGCGGGAUGUCUCUUCCCGAUGUUCCCGCCUCUAACCAGCGGGCGGACCAAGAAAGGUCCGGUACGCAAGACCGGCAAUACCAAGGACCAGGUCGCCAGCAAAAACCGCAACAUAUGCCCGCUGGCUCGCAGAGCCUUGUUGAAGGCACUUCCAACCAAAACAUCCCUUUCGCUGGCCAUUCACUAUCUCUCGUAGCAACCAUGGGGCCUGGCUUCCCGGUCCAACAAGAGCAACAACCACCUCAGAGACUGCCGCCACCUAGCCCCGGUUUUCCCCCUAGAAACGUCAUGACUAUAGCCCCUCCGCCCAAGGAGAAGGAGCAGAGCACUAUUUCCAAGCUUUUCAGAGGCACUAAACAACAGACGUCGCCAACAACCUCUCAGGAAAAAGGAAAGUCGUCUUUCAUGAGCGCUUUGAAACGGGGCGGCAAUACCAAGCAAGGAGAUGCCCAGCCAAGGUCCCCUGCUCAGUCUCCUCAAGCCAACCAAGGACAGUUUCAGCCAAACCAAGCUCAGAUACGAGAACAAGCACAAAGGCCGCAAGGUUUACAACCUCCUCAAAACCAAUUUCCGGGACAGCCGCAACAACAACCACAACAAAAGUCACCGCCGGGACUGAGAGAACGACGGCCGAGCCCGCAUCUGCAGUAUCAAAAUGAGAGGCAGGACCCGUCCAAAGCUCCUAGCCCACCGGCGCAAGUAGAUCUGGCCAUGCGCCUACCUGCCCAGCAGUCAUCACAGCAGCCUACGCGUUCAUCUGCUACAUCCGCUCCUGGCGUUCUCGAUAAGCCAAGACCUGCGCCCCAGAUGUUCGAGCAACAGACGCAGCAACCUUUGGCGCACGGAGAGCCAAAUCCAGCCCCUGGUUUGGUUCAAGAGCAGAGGCCGCCGAUAGCUGGACAGCCUUUGCAUCCCAGCCAGAUGGCAGGUCAAGCUCAAGCUCAAGCUCAAGCCUUUGCAGAGCAGCAGUUUUUCCAAGCGCAAGCUCAGGCCCAUUUGCAUGCCCAGAUGUUUCAAAGGUUUCAACAACAACAACAACAACAACAACAACAACAACAACAACAACAACAACAGCAACAUCAUCAACAACAUCAACAACAACAAGCCCAGUUUGCUGCUCAAGUCUCACGCUCAGAUCAACCUCCAACUCAAGGUCAAGGUCAAGGCCAGAACCCACCGACAUCUGCUCCUCCGGGUCAAGAGCCUCGGUAUGCCCAGAUGCCCAUUCCAGCUGGUUAUUUCCCUGUGCACCAAGGGAUGACCCAAACCUCUUCGCCUAUGGGCGUGCCGAUGUCAUACUUCGUAAAUGUUCCUGGCCAGCCGCCGCAAGGUUAUUUUAUGCCGAUGCCAGGGCAAGUGAUUCCUCCAGGGAUGCCUGGGAUGCCGCAUAUGUUGCCUCCUGGGUUUGUCCCCGGUCAACCUUUUGUGUACGCUCCUCAUCCCGGUGGGCCUAUGCCUCCUCGUGGACCUCCUGGAAGCAUGCCCAUGGCUGGACCUCCGGGAAGCGUACCCGCGACUACGCCUCCUUCCACUGGCGGCACCCCUUUCUUUACCCCACCGACUUCUCAUGGAGGACCUCAACAGAUGUUUCAUGUUCCCGUACACCCAUCAUCACCUCCGCCGGGCAGUGAGCACUCCGUACAGCAUCCUCCAAGCAUCUCGCCUACUCCUCCUCCGUUCAUCGGAACAUCAAGACAGGCUAGCGACCUUUCUCCUCAGCCUCAGAUGCAGUUCCAACAGCCAACGCAGCCAUCCCCGUCUCCGCCAAAAUGUCCCCUUCCAAACACGCCUUUCUCGCCAGUGGGCCCGGACGCUGUUAAUGUUCCGAACCCGCCGCUUCCGCCGAGCGAACCACAGGAGCAGCAACAGCAGCAACAGCAGCAACAGCCCAACCCGGGCCUCAUCCCCCAACGACAAGUCAGCCAAGUCAGCGCCAUGUCCAUGCAGCCCAGUAACGGAUCGCCAUCAACGAAUGUGAUUUCACCCAUCUCGAACGACAGCGGAGUGACGCAGAUUCCCGAGGGAGGAGGACAGGAGCAACUUUCUCGAUCUGGAUCCGCGGCUCUUCCUCGGGAUUCCAGGACCAUCGUCCCAGAACCAGUUAAUGUAGCCCAGAAACCUGAAGAUUCAGGGAUUGACGAGGAUAGUAAUGGAGAUGAGAACAGCAAGAAGGGUGAGAACGACGACCAUCAUCCGUGGAACGGAAUCACCUUGGACAGUGACUCUAGGGCUGUUAGUCCGGAACCGCUGCUGUAUGAACAUGGGCCUAUGACACCGCCGCCUACCACGGUUAGCUUCAUCCGCGCGCAGGCACAGGAAGUUCAUGUGCACCGGUCGCCGGAUAGGCAUGUGGGUGAUGGCAAUAUUUAUGAUGCGACGCCAAGGCAGUCGAUUAAGUCACCGGUGUUGUUGCCCAGGCGCGAUUCCAUGGAAGAGGAGAAUGAGACUGAUCUCCGAAAGACUGAGGAUGAAACUUUCAAUGCGAAUGAGAAGAGCGAUGAUGGUUUAGGUAACAUUCGUGAUGAAUCGCCUGCGAACGGGAACAGCCAUUUCAUCGUUGCUCCUAUCAAUGGUGGUGGCAAUGAAGUCAACAAAUCGGCCGAGCCAACUCCAGUUCAUCAAGCGCCCUACGAAGCCAGAGAUGUUGACCACGGAAAAGCUGUUGGAGUGGAGGAUAACGAGAAGGAGGAACCAGUUAUUCCAGGCCAUGUCGAGCAUAAUGAGCCACAGCAGCAAUCCCAAAUCGCCGACGUCACGAUUGUCCCUGCCGACGAGACCGCCCAGUCUCCCAAGCCGACGAAGGAUGCGGUUGAUCAGCAGCAGCCGCAGCAACAUCAGCCGCUUCAACCUCAACCUCAACCCCAACCUCAACAAGGAGCCGCUUUACCAUCAGCAUCACCACCACCACCACCACCAGCACCAGUACCGGCACCGGCACCGGCACCACAACAACAGUCCAUCAUCAUCAUCUCCCCCGAGCCUUCCCCCUCCCAAAGCCCCGAGCCAAGCAAACCACAACUCCAUCAACCCCAGCCCACCGAGAAUAACGGUGCCAUCACUACCGCCUCCGGCUUCCUCAUUUCCUCCUACCCCUCCAACCAAACCGAUCCCUCCAAUCCCAAAGGAAUCCUAAAACCCCUCACUGACCGCUCCAUCUUCGAAGAAGCCAAGCGGAAACAACUUCUCCGCGAGCAAGAGGAGAAGAUCCCUGUGUUUUCGGAUGAUGAUGAUUACAUGAAGCAGCAGAACAAUGGGACGGGGACGGGAGCGGCGGGAACGGGAAACAAAAAGAAGGAAGAUGAAGAUGCUGUGCCGAUGAUGAGCGCUACGAGUUAUCCGGGGCAGGAGUGGAAUCCGUAUGAACUUGGGAUGGGGGGCGAUGGCGGGGAGGGGUGGGAGGAUUGA